AUGAAAGAUUCUUUGAUAGGACAAUGUGUGGCCUCAGCAGUGGUUUUCAUUCUAGCAUGUCUUUAUUGCUUGUGUAUGAGAAUGAAGGGACCAGCAGCUGACGAUAAGGUGUCCCGCUACUGUGAGAUUAUGCAACACAUUGCAAUCAUUUUGGUUUUGGUCGUAGUAUUUGUUUUUAUAAAACAGAGCGUAGAUAGAGAAUGUAUAAAGUGUUACAAAUGUUUUGAUUAUGAAGAACCUGAAAAUCAAAGAUGUUACGAAAGUUGUAAACGUGUUGAAAGUUGUGUGGCAGGAUGCAUUCAAUCUGGAGAAAAUCGUGAACAGUGCAUAAAACAAUGCAAAAUGAAAUGGCAAACAAAAGAAUAUAAGACAUCUUCAAGUGAAAUGUUAUAA